UCCAUAUCUGAAUGUGUUCAGCGUCAGUAUCACUUUAUAAAUGAGAAGAAGAACUGGACUGAAGCUCAGAGAUACUGCAGAGAGAAAUACACAGAUCUGGCCACUGUUGACAACAUGAACGACAUGAUCCAGCUGAUGAAGAGUGGGGAUAAUGGAGGUGUUGAGAAUAUCUGGAUUGGUCUUCACAAGACGAGUGUUUAUAAAUGGCAUUGGUCUUCAGGUGAUCCUGCGCUCUUUCUGAACUGGACAUCUCCACAACCAGCCUACAGUGAAGAGUGUACUGUUAUGUAUAAUGGGCAAUGGAUUAAUGAGGCAUGUGAUAACACCCGUGUUUUCAUCUGCUAUAACAUGAGCAGAGGACUGGUGUUUGUCAAUCAGUCGAUAAAGUGGAGAGAUGCUCAGAGUUACUGCAGACAGAAAUACAUUGAUCUGGUCAGUGUAAGGAACCAGAAUGAGAAUCAACAGCUGGAGAAGUUCAUUAAAGACAGUCAGAAAUUUGGAUCUGAAGUCUGGAUCGGUCUGUUCAGAGACUCAUGGCAGUGGUCAGAUCAGAGCAACUCCUCAUUCAGAUACUGGGAUACUGGUGAACCAAAUAAUGUUGGAGAAAACUGUGCAGUGAUUGGGACGAAAGCUCAGAGAGGAUGGGCAGACGUCUUUUGUAAUAACCGCCAAUUUCCUUUUGUGUGUCAUGAAGAUAAACUGAUUGUGAUUCAGCAGAAUCUGUCGUGGUCUGAAGCUCUGAGAUACUGCAGACAGCAUCAUGUGGAUCUGGUCUCGGUUCAGUCAGUGGAGAUGCAGCGUCGUGUGAUGAACGUGGUUAAACUGGCGUCUACUAAGGCAGUGUGGUUGGGUUUACGUCACUCCUGUGCUUUGGGCAUCUGGUUCUGGGUGAGUGGAGAGACCGUGUGCUAUCAGAACUGGGCUCCAGGGAACGGCACAUCAGAGGAGGACUGUGAGCCCACAGUGAGAUCUGGAGCAGUUCAGUCUGGGGGAAAUCAGACCUGGAUCAGCCGUCCUGAAACUGACAGACUCAACUUCAUCUGCAGAAACUACUGAGAGUGAAGAAGUGAGAUAAUGGAUGUGUUCAUUUACAUGUAACAUCAGAUUUUGAAGUAAUAUAUUUACAUAAAAUAAUCAACUUCUUUUGAAUGCAGUGAUGAGCCUUUCUGAGGCUCAGCUUUGGGAGGAUUUGAAAUCUUUGCAAAACAACGCUUGAUUUUUUUUUUUUUUUUUUUAGAUUUAUAGCACCAAAUUUACCUAUGAUUUGAGUUUGUCUGUAUUUUAUCCAAACUUUGGUUGGAUGUUAGUGUGUAUAAUGGUUUGUAUCACAAAUCAA